AUGGACUUCUCUCCUCCUUCUAAACCUUCUGCGGAUGCCCGAAGCCGCGAUUCAGCGAACGUCGGCAGCUCUACUGCUGCGGAAGCUGCGACGUACGAAGCUGCCGAGUCGCUGAUCUCCGCUUUCGCCGGUGCGCAACCCCGACAGCACGACGACCAACCGACGGAUAACCUCAUGGACGACUCUUACGACGCAAAUACUGAACAAUCAAACUCUAAUAACGACAAAGGACGCUCAACAUCGGUUCCGUCACACUCCAAUUACCAAGAGGGCGCUUCUGCGCUGGCCGAGCUGGCCUUCGCCAGUGCUGGUCAGUCGUCGUUACGCGAAGUAUACCCUCCUCUCGGCGAAUCGGUUAAAGAUGAAGAGGAAGACGAUGAGUCAAGCCUUAGCGAGCUUGAUUCUGAGGCCGAAACGGAAAGGGCGGAUGGUGAUGCGCCUGAUGAACCAGUCGAUAGCGUCGAGGAAGCAGAGGAACAAGAGGACACAGAUGAUACCAACCAAGCCGCCAAUCCAUUGUCUAUGUUGGCAGCAGCUGGUCAGGUAGCGUCGCCUGCGCCCGUUGCGCCCAUCGCUGGUCCCGCUGCUAUGCAAAUGACCGGCAAGAGGCUUCAUAUGGAUUCACCGACACCGUCUGCUAUGGGGCGUAAGAGAAAGAGAAGCUUGAUUGGCGGAGAUCAACCGUCUGUUGGUGGGUUGCUUUCGCGCACGCCGAGCCCGGAACCGGAUCUGGACCUGGACAUGGACAUGGACAAGGAGGAUGAGGAGGAAGAUGAAGAAGAGUUGAGACAGGAGACCCCUAGGAAGAAGCAAAAGGAAGAGUAUACCAAGGAACCCGUUGAAAGUCUACCCGAGGAGGAUGACGCAGCGGCUGUUGAGGAAGAGGCCGACGACGAGCGCGCGCAGACGAGAGGGGAAGCCAGAGACCUCUUGACAGAAUUGGAAACAAAGUUUGCGAAGCUACGUGACCAGCUCUUCAAGGAAACCCUCGGCGAUCUGGACAAAGACAUUGAAAUGGUCAACGACGGCACUCACCCGGAGCUCGUCUUGCAGAUGGAGCUCAUUGCUGAUAACCGGACUAAAAGACUCAAGCUUGCGGAGGCCACCAAACGUUUCUGUAUCCAGAACAUCCGCAAUGAACACGAUGCGAUGGAGUACCAUACCCGAAUGCAGUUCAUUCAGGAGAAAGCCAAGCUGCGCCAGUCAAUGAUUACUGAAAUCAGCGCUAAAUGGUUCCAGGUCCAUCGCGAGCGUCGUGUCCUUGACAUGCCAGUACCCGAGUUUGGAUACCAAGUUCCGGACCGACGAUCAACGCAGCUCAAGCAGCGUCGCGCGUAUGACCUCGAGGUGAUGAUUCUCACGGGGCUGAAGAAGUACAUUGGAUUCCCCGCUGCACCCGACGUGUCAGGUGCAACGAAUGAGGAAGCUAUGUCCGAUCUUGAUGCUAUUCGAGCCACUCCUGCACCCGCCGUUUAUCAAACGCACUAUUCGGGAUACCCCAGGACGCACGAUCCAUACAUGCAAGCGUCGAUCAAUACGUAUCAGCCUCAGCAGCAGAACUAUCCACAGAUGCAUCAGAUGCAGCACAUCGUGCCGCAAGCUGCUGCAGUACACCACCAGUACGCGAGUCCCAUGAGCGCCCAUUACGCGCCGAUGCUGUCUCGACCCAUGUCGCAACAUCAGUAUGCGUCGUCGCUGGGCUUGCAGCAGACUCCUCAGUCACAGAUGGGUGCCGGUGGUCCUCAGUCGCCGGUGAGGCAGCAACAUCAACAGGGGCACCCAGCUCCGCAGAAUUCUUUACCGCAGGCUCUGUCGCCUCCACUGAAGCAACAGUCGACAGCGACGGGAAGUGGGCCGAACGGAUCAGUGUCAAGUGCGGUGGAUUCUGAAAUGUCGUCGUCGGUACAGAACAAGCUUCCGCCUAUCGCGGCGUUGGCAGAUAAACCCUCUGUCCCGGCGAUGGACCAGAAGGACACCGCAGCACCAACACUGGAUACCGGUUUGGCAAAACUGCCAGAGCUCAAGAACGAGCCCGGAGGAAGCCCGCCCUCGAUAAGGUUGCCAUCCCUGGAUGGACACACAAGAUUACCACCCAUCACAUCCACGACUUCCAGCAGCAUGAAUGGAGGUCCCAAAAUCGAAGCAGCUGGCAGCGCGGGCAUACUAUAA